AUGAGUACUGGAGCGGGAAAGGCAGUGUGCGUAACAGGAGCUUCUGGAUACACUGCUUCAUGGUUGGUGAAGCUUUUACUUGACUGUGGUUACAAUGUUAAAGCCACAAUUCGCAGCCUCAGAGAAGAAAUAUCGAUUAGCGAGGGAACUUCAACGGUUCCACAGGAUGGUGACGCCAGCCAGCUCAUGGUCGCGGCGCAUCUUUCUGUACAAUUUCGCCGCCAUCGGAAUCGCCGUAGAAAUCGGCGUUUUUGUCCUCGGCGCCGCCUGGGGAAUAUAUUUUACUUGGAGCAGUUUUAA